AUGUCAUUUCUCAGCGGGCUGUGCGGCUGCUUCGCCCCAAAGAGUUCCCCGCGAACACCAUCAGCCCCGGCUCCAAGCCGAGCAAUGGCCGAAGCCCAUCACCAUUCUCAUCAUCAUCACAACGACAGCACCUUCACCCCUCACUAUCAUCCCGAUGAAGGGCCGGUCUACAUGACCUUCGACGAGGAUGGGUACACCCCACCCGUUCCGCUGCCACGGUACACCCCUCGGCCGAUGAGCAGCAUGCAAGAGAAGACGCUGGAAGCGCACAUGCGCGAUCCGCCCAUCUCCUCCUCACGCUCAAUUGCCUCGCUGCAUGAUGAGAAGAACCCGCGCGACUUUGCCAGCACAGACGGAGACGAGCUCACCUCGGACGUCUCCUCGGCUAUUUCCUUCCCAAGCAGCUACGGCAACACCUCGACGGCCACGAGGGAGACGCCUCCGCCGCCGUAUUCGCCGCGGAUCUCGCCUGCCCCGUCGAGGUCCAUGUCCAUCUCCUCGUUGAAUCCGCCGCCGCUCCCUCCGCCACCGCCUAUGGCGCACAUUGCGCAGCCUAGGCCGGUGUUUCGGCGGGAGUGUCUGCCGCGGGACCUCGCGGGGCAUGGCAGGGUGAGUUAUGAGAGCCAGCGGCGCUUCUCGUGGGAGAGUAGGUGA